GCGCAGUCAGGGAAGGAGAAUGCCGUUUCCAACAAUAUGUCCAAAUGUAUUUUACCAAUGUGUAAUUCAUGUGUGUAACUUCGCACACCAUAAAAUGUGUGGUAUGAUCCCAUAUAGUGCCCGGAUGUGGGACUAGCUGAUAAAGCCACGAUUCAGUCAGGAAGGGGAAACCGAAACUUAACUUUUACAAGGUUAAUCAAUUACCUCUACAGCCUUUCUGUUCUUUAGGCAGAGAUCGAUUUUGUUGAAAUAAUAGCUUAACUCAACGUCGAAGAAUGCAUCAGCAAAGUUACUACACACCGAAAAUACCAUUUACUGGUACCAUCAAGGGUGGUCUUCGCGAGGGAAAGACAAUUACUGUCACUGGAAGAGUGCUGCCUGGUGCGGAAAGAUUUAAUGUGGACUUUCAGUGCGGCUCAGACGUAGCCCUCCACUUCAACCCACGAUAUGGCGGAUUUGGCGGAUCCUAUGUGGUGUGUAACACGCGUCAAGGAUCAAGUUGGGGUAGAGAGGAGCGAACGCAACCAUCACCACUUCCUCUCGGGGCCAACUUCACCUUGGUAUUCAUGACCAACCACGAUUCCUAUUCUAUUGUUGUGAAUGGUGCCCAUUUCAUGGAAUACAAACACCGCAUCUCUGCUUCCAGUGUCGGAAACAUUUUUGUUAACGGCGGAGUGGAAAUACAGUCAAUUGCUUUUCAGAAUCCCGCUUCAAGCCAUCCAAACCCUGUGAGUGCUCAGAGUUACAGGGGAAGAAAUAAAUCACGAUCCAACAAAGCUGCCUGUGCGGCUGCUUUUGCGCCACCUUCUUUCGCUUCUUUUACCAUGGCACCUCCACCUUACAGCCCUUCUCCAUCUUACAUUGUUCCAUACAAGACUGUUAUUCAAGGCGGAUUGUAUCCUGGGAAGACCAUCACCAUCCAAGGCAUUCCAAUCCAACCAGCUAACGGGUUCAUCAUAAACCUGCGUUCAAACUCGGGAAUAGCCAUCCACUUCAACCCCAGGUUCAAAGAGAAUACCGUGGUGCGCAAUAGUCACAUGGAUAAUAAGUGGGGGUCCGAGGAAAGGUCCGGUGGGAUGCCCUUUCACUGUGGACAGCCAUUCACGGUGGCGUUUGUGUGUGACACCCAAUGCUUCAGGAUCAUUGUCAACAGUAUCCAGAUGUUCACCUACAACCACCGUCACUUGAGCCACCAGCAGACUGACAUUGUGGAGGUCACUGGGGAUGUGAGCCUGUCCUCUGUGCAAGUUUGAGG